CCGGUGCAUUUAAUCGCCAGUGGCCACCUAGCUCUCUCGCGGCGCUGCCGGCCGACUAUCUAUAUCCAGGAGGGCAUCCUCUCGCGAUCUCUGCUUCGGCCGGCGCGUCCACCUGUUCGGAGCUCGAGAAGGACCGAGCGCGACUUCGAAGAGGUAGACGAGAUGGAGGACGACGUCGCCGACGAGUCGGGCACCACGGUGGAGCUGUACAUCUACGACCUGACGAAGGGGAUGGCCGCCAGCAUGUCGCACUUCCUCAUAGGUCGACAACUGGACGGGAUAUGGCACACGGCGGUGGUCGCCUACGGAAGGGAGUACUUCUUCGGGCCUUCCGGUAUCCAGAGCGUAAGGCCGGGCGGCACCGAGCUCCGGGAACCGCAGAGGGUCGAGAGGAUCGGCGAGACCUUCCUGCCCUACUCCGUCUUCUUCGAGUACAUCAACGGCCUGGGCACCUCCAAGUUCGCGCCCGGGACGUACAACAUCUUCAAGCACAACUGCAACUGCUUCUCGGAGGAGCUGACCAACUUCCUGGUGGGCAAGGGCAUCCCGAAGUACAUCCUCGACUUGCCGGAAGAGAUACUUCAGACGCCCGUUGGACAAGCGUUACUUCCUCUGAUAGACACUUUGAGUAACUCAGCCAACACAGGAUUCACAGUUGGUAACAGAUUCGUCGAAGCCAGGAUCCACAGAGAAGCUUCACCGGAGUUUCAGCUCCUCAACGACGAGAUAGAGGAGGCGAGGUUAAACUCCGUUGCCUUGGAGGAAAGGAGAAACAACAGCAGGGAGAAGCGAGCGAACAAGGAGCUUAAGAAGAAGAAGAAGAAAAAGAAGAAGAAGGAAAAGGACCGACCCGGGGACGAGAGCGGCAACAACAGCAACAGCACCGGUCCCAGCAACUGCGCCGACAUGGCCGAGACCGAAAGCGCCAUGACCGAGCCACAGUCGACGAACGGCGACGUGGGGGAGGAGUUGCUGCCCUCGGAGAGGGUCUUGCAGAUGGAGGCCGAGGAAAGGCGCGAGCAAGAGGAGAGGAAGCGCCAGAGGGAUCCUCCGAUAGUCUUCAGGGACCUCCUCGACGCGCAGACGGAGUUCGACGCGCUCUCUGGACUCCUGGAGGGGAAGCUAACGGCCGAGGAGAGGACGAGUCUCGGCGAGCUGCGCCAGUACGUCCUCGAGGACGAGGGUUCCUGGGCCCUCGGGGACAACUUCCUCGCCUUCGUCGGACGAAUUCUGUACGACGAUACCCUGGACACGGCGGUCAGGGUGAAGCUUCUCAGCGUCCUCGCGGUGGCGGCCCUCAAGGACGACGUGAUCCUUCUGCUGCACCAGGACAGACGGGAGCACGUCAUCAUGAACUAUGCCUUUGACAUAGACCGGCAUCCGCACGAGGAACAGCUCCCACUGGCACUAUUCUUGACGAACAUGUUCGAGAACCCGAGCAGCUCGGAAUGGCUGCUCUACAUCUCAGAGUGGCAGCAUCGUAAUCAGAGCAUCAGCAACAUCCGGGUGACGACGAAGGUGGCGGUGCAUUCGCUGCUUUCGGACUCUACCGAGCUCCAGGAACGCGGUGCCGCUAUUAUCCACAACCUCGCCACCAAGGAGAAAAUGCACAAAAGCAAAAAGCUCCGCCAGCUUUUACCGAGAGGCAGCGUUUCCAAGGUGUUCGACGACGUCGCCGUGGAGUUGACGAUGGCCCUCCUCCAGUACUUCAACAACGACCCCCCUGAAGAGCAGCUCUAUGCGUGCAUGAAGUCGCUGUCUCGUUUCACGCUUAUCAGCGGCCAGGAGGUGCCCCAGCUGAUACAGAUGAUCGGUCCCGAGCCCAACAAAUUCCGUGGAGCCUCCCAGAGGGUCGACGAGCUCAUCGACCAGGUCAACAAGAAGCUGCGCUAGAAGAGCCUCUUCAGGGCUGGACCAACCGGACUUUCCUGUGAACCCGUAGAGUCUUUUAUGAAAUGUGACGACAGGAAACGAAGGAUGUCAUCACGGACCUAGGACGCCGAUGCGGCCACGAGGACGGAACCGAAACUUCUUUUCUUCUCGCGCUCCCUUUUUCUAUUCAUUAUAAAGUGUCUGGAGUAGGAAGACAGAUGAAACGUAAGAGAGAGGACGGAGAGUUCAUUUCCUCGCCAUCUCUCAUUACGUAAAAAGGGUUGCGCGACGUCACACGGCGACACCCUACACACUGUUAAAGGAAGUAUCCUAAUUUUAUAACACGUUUUUAACACCUUUCAUAAAUUCAGCACGACGUUGUAAAAUCAUAAAUCUAUAUAGUUUAUAAUAAACGUAAAGUAAUUCACUUUUAAGCCGUGGAACGUAUAAUUUAAUAGUAUCCUUAGUGUCAAUUAGAAUCAUUUGAAACUCCAGGACGUGUAUAUUACAGUGACCCUAAGGAAGAGCGCGAUAACCAUGAGAUAUCAUUUCUCGGCAAAAAAUUCUUUACUUAUCCCAGACAAGAGCCAAGAAUACAUAUUCUCUCUUUUUUUUUUUAAUCAAAUUACACGAGCAUUGCGCUCUUUCUUAGGGCCUCCAUAAAUUAUGUGGUGCGCCCCAGUUUGGAAAAAAAAAAAACCAGUUUUAUAAACAUUUUGAUGUUUUGAUAUAUACUAAACGACCCUGUCGUAACACCUUAAUAUGCGAGGACACGCAGUGCAAUAAACACUCUCAUUGUACAUUA